AGCAUCACGUCCGUGUGCGUCCGCACUGAUUACAAUGUUUUUUUGAUUUCACGAGUCUUUCCCAAGUGAAACAGUUCCCCGAGUAGUCAUCUUGARAAACCGAAAAACGUAUCAUAAUGGGUAGGGUUAUUCGUGCUCAGAGAAAAGGUGCGGGAAGCGUUUUCCGUUCCCAUACUAAACACCGUAAAGGCGCUCCAAAACUCAGGAACUUGGACUACUCUGAAAAAUAUGGUUAUAUCAAAGGAGUCGUUAAGGACAUUAUUCACGAUCCUGGUCGUGGAGCUCCUUUAGCUGUUGUUCACUUUAGGGACCCAUACAAAUAUAAGACAAGAAAAGAGUUAUUCAUUGCACCAGAAGGUGUUUACACAGGUCAAUUUUUAUACUGUGGAAAGAAAGCUAAAUUGAACAUUGGUAAUGUUAUGCCUAUUGGUGUAAUGCCUGAAGGUACUAUUAUCUGUAAUUUGGAAGAAAAAACUGGUGACCGUGGCCGAUUAGCUCGUGCUUCUGGUAAUUAUGCUACUGUUGUUGCCCACAAUCCAGACUCUAAAAGAACAAGAGUAAAGUUACCAUCUGGUGCCAAAAAAGUUAUUCCAUCCAACAACCGUGCUAUGAUUGGUAUGUAUUGUUACAGAGUUAAUCUAACAAACAAUAUUUUUYGUUGACUUAUUCAACAGGGC